AUGCCGCGUGAGAGCAAUCGAGGGAGGUUACGGUCUCACGAAGCCUGCCUCAACUGCCGGCGAAAGAAGAUCCGGUGCCCGGCGGAGAAACCGGCCUGUUCGAGCUGUUUGCGCCUGGGACAAGCCUGUCUUUACACCCCGGUGCGACGAACCUCACGCGGAGGCCAAUCGGAGGAUCGACUGGCGUCAUUAGAAGAGAAGGUAAACCUCAUCCUGCGCGGUUCCAGACCCGUCGAUCAGGUUCGGGACAAGGCCAGCACCGCGCCAUCUGAGCGAUCGGGGUCCUUGUUUGGCGAGCCUGGUGGGGGCAUCAGCGAUCUGUUCUCGUCCGAUGUGGGCUCCGAGGAAUCCACCCCCCAUCCGUCGACCUCGACUAUCGCCAGAGGAAUCAAUCUCUAUUUUCAAUUUUGUCACCGCCAGCCAAUAUGGUGUUUCGACCGCGAGGAGCUCGAGGAGAGCGGCUGUGACUCGCAGGAGCUGGUCUGUAGUAUUCUGGCGCUGGCGUCGCGGUUCUCGCGCGAUCAUGACCAUCUGCACCACUAUAGCAAUACCGCUCGGACUUUGAUCAUGCUGCGCGUGGCCAACGGGACGGUAGAUCUCGAGACCAUGGAGAGUCUUUGCCUGCUGUCCUACCUGUCGUUCGUGGAAGGCAAUGUCUCCCUUGGGCGAUUCCACCUCGGUCUGGCCUUUCAGCUGUGCCGCUCAGCCGCGUUGGAUCUGGAAUCUACCUAUGUUGGCGAUAGUGGAUUGCUGGAACGGAAGAAACGACUGUUCUGGAGCCUGCAAUCUCUAGAGCAGUGCUACGGCGAGCAAAACGGUUUCCUCAGCGCGCCCGCCACCGUCCGUCGACCGUUUCCUGCCCCCGGUGGAGACGACCAUGGGUUCCAGAGGGGUCUGGAGACCCAACCACCGCCACUCCCACGAGAUGACCUGGGCUGUACGACGGCAGACGACCUCGGCAUCUGGAGUCUUGCCGUGCACUUCGGAUGGGUGUGGAGUCGCGUGCGGUCGUACGUCUCCAACUGCGCUGAUAAUCGUCUCAAAGAGCCCUGGCGACACGACUCCAUGUACGCGAUGGUGCUAUCGGACUUGACAGAGGUUGAAAACCAUAUGCCGCAAUGCCACCGAUACGAUUCAGUCAAAUUCUAUGAGCGGACGGCCGACGAGCUGCGCACCCACCGAAACUACUGGGCGCCCUGGCUGAAGAUCCAGUUCACAUACCACUGCAUCCUCACUGUGUUAAACCACCCUUUCCUAUACAUCGUCGCGUCGCAGUACAACCCCACCCUCACCAUCCCGAAUGCUUUCUGGCGCCGGUCAUCUGAGCUGGUCCUUCUGCACGCUACCUGGCUGGUGCGCAUGAUUGACAUGGUCUCUGACAAGCAGAUGCGUCUUAUCGACCCUUUCUUCGGCCAUUGUGCGGCCAUCGCUGCCACGGUCCAUCUAUACUUUUGCUGCGCGGCUGAUCCCCGCCUGAAACAGAAAUCCAAGACGGAUUUCGCCAAGUGCAGACGCUUCCUAGAGAGCUUUGCGACAUUCUCUCCGGUGUGUAGGGCGCUGAACCAAACCCUCGACAAAAUGCUCCGGAUCGCCUCGGGCGCCGACCGCGUCGACUACGACUGGACUCCCUCUAAGAUCUACCUGAGCGUGCCCCUCAUGUGGGACGUACUUCAAGUCGACUGCGUCCCAGACACGCACCGCACCACCGCCGGACUGCUACACCCGUCUCUGGUGCCGACUAUCGCGCGCGACCACUCCGCCGCUGAACAUUUCGAUUCGACGCUCGAAAUCAUUGUCGCCAUGUCCCCUGAGGUCACGGUUAAUACGGCGGACGGGGGCACCGCCGCACACAUGCCGCCGCAUAUGGCGCGGCUGUCUCCUUCGCCUUCUUCUUCACGAGGCAGGGGUAGUAGCAGUGGCGGUGACAGGGCACCGGCCUCAGGUGGAGUCACCGGAGGGAGCAUAGACCCGCUGGUAGCGCCUGCAGACAGUCUCAUGUUGAAUACGCCGUGGCUGUGGACGGACCCGGGGCAAUUUACAGACCUCGAGAAUAUGGACUACCAGGAGGCGGAGGCGGCGAUCGGGAAUGUGGAUGGUUUUUCGACAUGGUGGGAUUUUGGAAAUCUCUAAUACUAAUAUGGUGGGCUGGAAUCAUCAUAGUGCUUAUUCAAUUGUUGUGUGGGAGGUUUCUGCCAUAUAGUGAGUUGGUAGAUAGUUCUAGCGUUGUCCACAGAGAUUGGGUUCAAGACUAGACUGGUCUCGAGGAAUA